AUGAAAGCCUCCCGCCUGCUGAGCCGUAGCACCAUCCCCCGUCUACGCACCUCAUCCCUCUCACCACUCUCACCACAUCCAUCUCCCUCCCCUCCAGCAGCCUCGCCCACCUCCCGCUUCUCAACAGACGCAGCCUCCCACCCGUCCAACCGCGUGCAAAUCCACCUCUCCCGCUCCACAGACCCCCUCCUCAACCUCUCCGUCGAGCACCGCCUCCUGCAGACCACGCCCCCCGAUUCCACCGUCCUCACGCUCUACAUCAACGCCCCCAGCAUCGUCUUCGGCCGCAACCAGAACCCAUGGCUCCAGGUCAAUCUCAACCGGCUCGCGCAGAUUGCGCAGAACCCGUCCGCUGCCGGCUGGACUGAUGCGGCGAUUCAGUUGGUGCGUCGAAGGUCCGGAGGAGGUGCCGUCUUCCACGAUGCAGGCAAUGUCAACUUCAGUGUCAUCUGCCCCCCUGAGCAGUUUGACCGCAACAAGCACGCGGAAAUGGUGGUGCGCGCGCUGAAGGCGCUGUCAAGGCCGAACACGCGCGUCAACGAGAGACACGACAUUGUCAUGGACGUGGCAUCAUCAAACACAGAAAAGGCGCCGUUCAAAGUCUCGGGCUCGGCGUACAAGCUCACGCGUCUGCGAUCGCUGCAUCACGGCACCUGUCUCCUCCGGAGCCCCAACCUGUCCAGCAUCUCCGGCCUGCUGCGGUCUCCUGCCCAGGGGUACCUCGAUGCUCGCGGCGUGGACAGUGUGCGCAGUCCCGUCCGGAAUGUCGACGUGGACAAUGGCGAGUUCAAGGAUGCGGUUGCGAGGGAGUUUGAGAGCAUGUACGGAGAGGUGCAGCUGCGCGACGAGUUUGAUGACGCGGCGCUCCAGGUGGAAGAGGUUCGAAAGGGAUACGAGGAGCUCAAGUCGAAGAGUUGGACUUGGGGCCAGACGCCGCGGUUCACGUUUUCGACGCACCCUACGCAGGAGGAUCCUCGGCCGCGGGCAGAGCUGCCCUUUGAUCUAAACAUGCGGCUUGUUGCCAAUCACGGUGUCAUUGAGGACAUGGACAUCAAGCACAGGAAUGGCGCUACCGUUGAUGGCUUGGACGCCUCUGUCUUGCAUGGGACUCGAGUAUGGGAGAUUGAGGACUGGGCGUCGUCGCUUGCUCGAGCCGGUCUCGGGAGCAGCCUCAGCGAAGAAGCAGGCCAAUGGCUGAAUCAUAUGUUUGGCACCGAGUAUACCAGGAUGUAA